AUUACUUUAUAGCAUUACGUGUAGUUGCGUCUCGCUUUCGCAAGAAUUAUCCAAUCAGAAAUCGCGUAAGAAACAAGCCAAUCAAAAAUGGAUACACAAACUGCGGGAUAUCAGAACAAGCUUUUGGGAGCCGUUGCGUAGACGCACUAUACCGGCGGUUUAGACUGUCUGUGACGCAGGCUACAUACGGGUAGGUUAUGAGAAAAAUGUGAUUUAACCUGCUAGUGCCCAGUCUCUCCUUUGGCACUUAGUCGUUCAUUUUGGCCAUUUGUUGACGUUUAAUUGCUCAAGUUUCACAUACUCAAACAGUAAAGAGAGAAAGGAAAAACAUCUUGGAACAUUUUUCAAGGGAGUUAGAAUUUAGGCUGUUAUAAUCCAUCAAAACUUAAAUAAAGCACCUAAAUGGCUCUCCAGUCAGCGGUUGACCAAGGAGCCAGAGAGAAACCGAGUUCAAGAUUGGGGACGAGAAUCGUAUGUCCGUCUUAGGAAAAUUUGGAAUGUUAUACUUCGUCGUUUAAGCCCAUAAAGCCCUGUUUCUUUUAGUGCCUUCUAGAUGUGUCGAUUCGAUGGUUAAAUCUUUUAAAGGCACUGAAGAAAGUGCCUCUCAGACUUCAAAGAUGGCGGACCUGGAAACCGAGGCUGAACAAUUCAUUGGCGAUGAUGAGGACUUCUGCUCAAAGAGUAAAGAGAAACCCCUGUUCAUUAUGUUGACGAGGAAUAACCUUGGCAUGUAUUUACAAUUUGUGUUUUUCGGAAUCGGUUCUGUGCUUCCCAUUUUUGUCAUCUUUGCCGCAGUUGAUUACUUCGACAAUAUUUUCCCUCACAAGCAGCCCGAGUUUGCAUUGAACGCGAUCUACAAUCCCCUGUUGUUCUGCGGCUGUUUCGCUAACCUGGUUUGGGGCCGCGCUGCAAGUUUCAAGUGGAGGAUUGUAAGUGGAUUCUCAAUGAUGGUCGUCUGUCUGAUGGGCUUCAUUGUUCUCGAUCAGCUUGAAUUAUGUGGAUCUACAUGUCUUAAAAGUCACUACUGGUCCGUCUUGUUUGUGGCUGGUGUCCUUGGUUUAGCAGAUGCCGUGUGCCAGUCUACCCUGUUUGGCUUGACCACUCACGCUUUGCCACCUUUAUAUACUCAGGGGCUCAUGCUUGGCGUGGGCUUGUGUGGUCUUCUGAUGACAUUCUUAAGAGUUUUGACCAAGACUACCACUAAAAAUCUUCAUGUCUCAAGUUAUUACUACUUUGGAACAGCAGCCCUGUUUAUUUUGCUGGUGAUAGCUGUUUAUUUUCAGCUUAGUAGAGGUACUGCACUCCAGCGUUACUACUCUCGAGCUCCAAGAAGUGGUGUGGAUACUGACUGGAAACAUCCUUUUCAGCGCUUUGCAUUUUUCACUGGUGAAGCUCUGCGGGUACUACGUUACAAACAUGUCUUCUGUCACUGCUUUCUAUUAACACUGGUAACUGCUCAACAGUAUGCUGUAAUGCCAUCGGUGGCUACUAUGGCAACAGACUUCCUUGGCAGUGGUUGGUUCCCAGUGUUGUUGAUUCUAGUUUACAAUAUUGGUGAUGUUCUUGGCCGAGGACCUUUAGCAAUGUACUAUGUGUAUUCUCUGCACUGGGCAUGGCUUUCUACUUUAGUACGCUUCUUAGUUAUUGCUGGCAUCUGUCUGAGUGUACCACCUCACAUGAUGAGUGACAGACCUGCUUGGAUGGCAAUGUUUGUAGCAAUACUUGGCCUCUCAACUGGUCAUCUGACAACAUCUCUGAUCUCUUAUGCCUCCUCUGAAGUCCCUGGGAGAGCUAAAGAGACUGUGGGCUAUUUGAGCGUGUUAAGCAUGACUCUUGGAAUGGCUGGUGGAAGUGCUGCUAGCUACUGCAUUAAAGCUCUCCUGGACAGAACUGGUUGAGACAUUGAUGACUAGAGAUCAUUAUUUGAUCCAUGUUGUGCUUAUUAUUAGUAUGAGCUACUUAACAAAUGGAGUUAACAAAUGAUUAUUUAUUACUGACUCGAUAAAUGCCCAGGUUUCAGAUGUUAAUUGUAUAGCUGAAAAGGCCCUGUCCAUUACUGCAACUGCAUGACACCUUAAUCAAUGUUCAUGUAACAAGAUCAGUGACAAGUCAGGAAAUUAAUCAGAACUUAAAGAAUUGUGAAGAAGAAAUA